GCUUUUGGAUUGGCUGGGUAGUCACGCCCCUAUAGCUGUAUGGAUUCUCCCGGCCGCCUCCCCCUGUACGCCCAAUUUCAGGCAACCCACUUUCUGCGCAUGCGCGGAAGGCAUUUUCCUCUGUUUUACCUGUUACUGUCCUCUGUCCGAGGGCCCAGGGGACCAAGAGGUGGUCUGGCCUGGAUCCUGCUGGGUUCAGGGUAAGAGUUAAGUGUCUCACCCUAAUUCCACUCGAGGAAAGGCCAGAAAGGCCCAUAAAUAGGUACUGGUCAUCUCUUGUUCCUUGUGAGUGACUUCCAUAGUCAUGUUAAGGGCUAAAAUUGGGCUUCUCUUGUUCCCUCCACAUUACCUGAAACAGCUUAAAGAAUCUAAGUUUCUGAGGCACACAUAUCAACGCCUUCUUCAUCAGCAGCUCCCCCUACAUCCAGAGUGGGUUGCCUUAGCUAAAAAGCAGCUGAAAGGCAAGAAUCCAGAAGAUUUGAUAUGGCACACCCCAGAAGGAAUCUCCAUAAAGCCCUUGUAUUCCAGCAAAGAUACCAAGGAAUUACCUGAAGAGUUACCAGGAAUGAAGCCAUUUACUCGUGGACCAUAUCCCACCAUGUAUACCUUCAGACCAUGGACCAUCCGCCAAUACGCUGGCUUUAGCACUGUGGAAGAAAGCAAUAAAUUCUAUAAGGACAAUAUCAAGGCUGGUCAACAGGGAUUGUCAGUUGCCUUUGAUCUUGCAACCCAUCGGGGAUAUGAUUCAGAUAAUCCACGAGUCUGUGGUGAUGUUGGAAUGGCUGGAGUAGCCAUUGACACUGUGGAAGACACCAAAAUUCUUUUUGAUGGAAUUCCUUUAGAAAAAAUGUCAGUUUCCAUGACAAUGAAUGGAGCAGUUAUUCCAAUUCUUGCAACAUUUAUUGUAACUGGGGAAGAACAAGGAGUACCUCAAGAAAAACUAACUGGUACAAUUCAAAAUGACAUAUUAAAGGAGUUCAUGGUCAGAAAUACUUACAUUUUUCCUCCAGAGCCAUCCAUGAGGAUUAUUGCAGAUAUCUUCCAAUACACAGCAAAGCAUAUGCCAAAGUUUAAUUCAAUUUCCAUUAGUGGAUACCAUAUGCAAGAGGCAGGAGCUGAUGCCAUUCUGGAAUUAGCAUAUACUAUAGCUGAUGGUUUAGAAUACUGUAGAACUGGACUCCAGGCUGGUCUUAGCAUUGAUGAAUUUGCACCAAGAUUAUCUUUUUUCUGGGGAAUUGGAAUGAACUUUUAUAUGGAAAUAGCAAAAAUGAGAGCAGGGAGACGACUCUGGGCACACUUAGUAGAGAAGAUGUUUAAACCCCAGAACUCUAAAUCACUUCUUCUGCGAGCACAUUGUCAGACUUCAGGCUGGUCACUUACUGAGCAGGAUCCUUACAAUAAUAUUAUUCGUACUACAAUAGAGGCAAUGGCAGCAGUGUUUGGAGGGACUCAGUCCUUGCAUACAAAUUCAUUUGAUGAAGCUUUGGGUUUGCCAACAGUAAAAAGUGCUCGAAUUGCCAGAAAUACCCAGAUCAUAAUUCAAGAAGAAUCUGGGAUUCCCAAAGUAGCUGAUCCAUGGGGAGGUUCAUAUAUGAUGGAAUCCCUCACAAAUGAAGUCUAUAAUGCUGCUUUGAAGCUUAUUAAUGAAAUUGAAGAAAUGGGUGGAAUGGCCAAAGCUGUAGCUGAAGGGAUCCCCAAACUUCGAAUUGAAGAAUGUGCUGCUCGGAGACAAGCCAGGAUAGAUUCUGGAUCUGAAGUAAUUGUUGGUGUAAAUAAGUACCAGUUAGAAAAAGAAGAACCUGUUGAGGUUCUGUCCAUCGAUAACACUUCAGUUCGUAACAAGCAGAUUGAGAAACUUAAAAAGGUGAAAGCCAGCAGAGAUCAAGAAGCAGCUAAAAAAUGUCUAGCUGCAAUCACUGCUUGUGCUGCCACUGGGGAAGGAAACAUCCUCCAUCUUGCAGUAGAGGCAGCCCGAGCAAGAUGUACAGUUGGAGAAAUAACAGAUGCAAUGAAAAGAGUGUUUGGUGAACAUAAAGCUAGUGAUCGAAUGGUGAGUGGGGCAUACCGCCAAGAAUUUGGAGAGAAUGAAGAAAUAACCCUUGCUGUUAGUAGGGUCCAGAAGUUCAUGGAAUGUGAAGGGCGUAGACCUCGUCUUCUUGUGGCAAAAAUGGGACAAGAUGGCCAUGACAGAGGAGCAAAAGUUAUUGCUACAGGUUUUGCUGAUCUUGGCUUUGAUGUGGAUAUAGGUCCUCUUUUUCAGACUCCUCAGGAAGUGGCUCAGCAGGCUGUAGAUGCAGACGUUCAUGUUGUAGGUGUGAGUACACUAGCAGCUGGUCAUAAAACCCUGGUUCCAGAGCUCAUCAAGGAGCUGAAUGCUCUCGGACGGCCAGAUAUUCUUACAGUAUGUGGAGGAGUAAUACCACCUCAGGAUUAUGAAUUUCUGUACAGCAUUGGUGUUGCCAAUGUAUUUGGUCCUGGAACUCGGAUUCCAAAAGCUGCAGUUCAGGUGCUUGAAGAUAUUGAGAAAUCCUUGGAAAAGAAGCAACAAUCUAUGUAAUAUCAAAUAUUUUGUCUUAAUGUGUUGCCAAAUUUCUAUUAUUCACUCUUGAUUAAUGAAGAGAAAAAGACAUGUCUAAAAAUUAUCUAUGCCACAUGUUGCCUUGUGUACUUUCUGAGAAAGUUUGAAAUCCAAAACCUUACUUUUGAAAAUUGUAUAAUGCUUUAGACCUAUAUACAUAUAUAGAUACAUACAUUUCAUCUUGCAUAUGAACAUCUAUUGGUUCUCAGAAAAAAUACACUUAGAAAGAGAAAAAAGAUUUUACCAAAAAUCCUGGAUAAAUAAAAUUAUAUUUAAAUUAUUCUGUUUUUAAACUGUUUUUUCUCAUUAUUCCAUGUGCAUUCAUAUAUAAUAAAUAUUCCCGAAAAAGGAAACUUUACCAGUCCUUAUCUUGAUUUCAUCAUUGCCUAUUUUUAUGAUUUAGUUCCUCUGAAGGAAGAAAGGCACCUACCGAAUGUAACAUCAAUACUAGGACCAAUGGGUGGAAUUUUACACUGAAGUGAAUUUUGGCUCACUCUAAGGAAAAACCUCCCAAAACAGAGUUGUUGAUAAAAAAGAAUGAGCUCUCUUGGGUUUUAGGUGCAGAGUUUCUCAUCACUGGAGAUCUUUAAGUAGGAGACUGAAUGAUUUUUCAGGAUUGGUAUAAAGGGAAUUGAUGCUUCAUUUGGAAGUAGCACGAAAUUACCUUUGAAAGCCAAUCCAACCCUUGAAUUUUGUUAUUCUAUAAGCAAUACUGAAUAAUAUUGUAGUAGAGAAUUUAGAUAGAAUCAGAAUUAGAAACUAUAACAUU